AUGCAACACUUGUUAUUUGUACUGUUCUCGUCACAUCUGAUAUCAUUUUCAUUUGGACAGUCACAAUGUGAUUCAUCAAAUAAUUCUGCUACUAGUAUUUUUAAAUUUUUAACCAGUGAACAACGCUACAAAAAAUGGAUGAUACCUAUCACCAAGAAUGGAGACCCACCAGUAGUGAAGAUAAAAAUGUACAUUUAUCACUUAAAUGCGAAGGAAACUUCCAAACUGGACAUAAAAAUGCAAGUGUUGCUAGAAAUGAAAUGGGAAGAUCCAAGGCUGAGGUAUCAAGAACUAUCAAGAAAUGUUACAUCGAUCAAUGGUGGGAAAUAUCACAUUGAUUCUAUCUGGCUCCCGCGUGUUAUAUUUACCAAUGAAAAGGAUUCACAAAAAAUGGGCACCAACAAGAAGGAUGAUUUUGUCUCUAUACUCCCUAGUGGUACAGUUCUUCUAACGACAAGAUUAAUGACAUCAAUGGUUUGUCUGCUUGACCUUGGUAGAUUCCCAUUUGAUCAGCAAAUUUGUCAUUUAAAUAUGGAAGGUUUGACAAACAAUGCAACAGGGAUUCAGCUAGUAUGGGAUAAGAACACUCCUUUACAGAUAGAUGGCUUGGAAAGAAGUCUUAUAGAGUUCAAUAUUUUAGAAUUGAAGAAGAUGACAUCUAAGGAUUUUGAGUACAGUCACACAAAACAAAAAUAUAGUAACUUGAUAUUAGAAAUGAAACUCACAAGGCACUUUGGACAUUAUUUAUUUAAUUACUAUUUGCCUAGUGAACUUUUGGUUAUUAUUUCUUGGUUUUCAUUUUGGAUAGAUCCAGAGAUUGUACCUGCCAGAGUAACUGUCGGAGUUUCUACAAUGCUCACUUUCAUUUUGCUUGAUGUGACAGGAAAAAGUGUGCCACGGACAUCUCAGUUUAUGGCCAAUGAUCUUUGGGCUUUUAUAUGUAAUGCUUUUAUGUUCCUUUCUCUUGCUGAAUUCGCUUUUGUUAAUAGUAUCGAUAGAAAGAAAGGUGUUGAAAAAGUUCACCUUAAAAAAUUGUCGAGCAAGUAUAUUCUACGUGGAGGUGUUGAUACAGCAGCUGGUAGGGCAAAACUUAGAAGAUCAUCAUCUUGUCCUUCAUCACCCGAAAUACGUCGUCAUUUUGCUCGUAAUCCUAAAGCUGCACAAACGACAUUUAAGGAACUAAAGGAAGUAAGUAUUUCACUUGGAAAUCUUGUAUUAGCUGCUGGGGCUGACAAAGAAACAAAAAUACAAGACACUGGUAACUCACUCUUCACCAUGACUCCCCAAGAGAUAGCUAACUGGAUUGAUGCUAAAAGUAGAAUAGUAUUCCCACUUACCUUUUUUAUUUUUAAUGUAGUUUAUUGGGUUUCAUUAAUAGUCGUUUAA